AUGCCUCCGCGGCCCAUAAAUGGAAACAUCAUUCGAAUAAGGGAACCCAAUGUGAUAUUGAGCAAGAGUACAUCUUUUGAUGUCGUUACCACUCCAGAUACAGAACUACGAAGUAAAUCAUGCGCAGCCAGUGAUCCCCAAUUCGAACAUGUUGAGUCUUCCCCACACAUGGUUUUUUCAUUAUUCGCCCUCUCGAAUCGCCUAGGUGAAGAAGCUCGUUGGCACGUGCAUUCAAGAUCUACAAGCUAUCUUCGAGCUUCUAAUCCAUGUGGUGCCGCAAGACGCAACUCUUGUAAAUUUGGCCAAUGGACAUCCCUCAGUUGGGACGGACUCGAGCACGGAUACAUGGUCAGACAGGCCCUACGUGUGAGCACUGCAUAUAUGACCAGCAGAGAGAACAGGUCAUCAGAUCUCAGUGAUGAUAUUAUUGAGCUUUAUUUUCCAAACUUGGGUUCUGAUCCAUUCGAGAGGAAAAAGAAACUCUCCUGGGAUGCAUGCACCCAGUGA